AUGCUAGUGUUAUCCCACAUCAACAGAAAAACAAUAAGAUGUCGCUUGCCAUAUGUGGCACAGGCUAUUCGUCAGUUCAAUCUUCCACCAAAUUACAAGCCAAAUACAGCUAUUGUCGAUGACUUACCAUUUGCUAAAAGCUUUGAAAUCUGGUAUAACUCAUUCCAACCUAAUCGAUUAAGGACUUUACAAGAUGAGUUGGUUAAAUUGAUGUUAUCACCAGAGUACGUUGAGAAUACAGGACUUAAACAUAAAAACUUGAAAGUACCAAUUGAUGGUGAAGGAAAUUAUAUAAAUGAACUUCAAUUUGAAAUUGUGAAUAAUUCAGAUUUACCUACCAAGCAUAUAGUGUUCAUCCAUGGUUACGGUGCAUCCUUGGGGUGUUUUGCACGUAACUUCCAAUUGAUCAACAAGCUUCGUGAUUUGAAGCAUAAUUAUACGAUUCACUUCUUAGAUAAUAUCUCAUUUGGGUUAUCAUCUAACCCAAAGAUUAAAGAUGAAUCUGGAAUGGAUAGUAUUAAGAUAACUUCAGCUCCUAAGAUAAGAUUGAAUGACAAUAAGCCAACCGAUCCUAAGAAAUUACAUAACAAGUAUUAUAAACUUAUAGACUCAUAUGAACUUGAUAUAGAAGAAUUUAAGAAGUAUCAAGAUAAUUUCAAACCAAUUUUAGAAAAAAUUGAAAAUUAUUAUUUGUCAGCAAUAGAAAAUUGGAGAAUUAAUUCAAAAAUCGAUCAGAUUGACUUUCUCGUUGGUCACUCAUAUGGUGGUUACUGGUCGGCAUCGUACGCCCUUAAGCACCAGGAGAAUUUAAAAGAUUUAAUACUUUUAUCACCAGUCGGAGUCGAAAGACACGUUCAUUCAAUCAAAAACCCUUUGAAUCUCGAUAUUAUCAAGAAACUUGAUAAUGGAUUAACUCAGUUCAGACCAACAUUGGAUCCUUCGUCGAAUAAUUUCUUAAGUCGUUGGCCAAUUCUAUCAAAUGACCAUAUUAACAAAUGGUACAAAUGGCAAGCAUUACUUCCAAGAUUUUUGAAAUUCUUUGGACCUUUUGGUGUUGAUAUGUAUUAUAAGAUGUGGUAUUUGAAAUUAUUCAAAAUUAAUAAAUUAAUACAUAAAAAAGGUGGUGCUAAAAGAGUAUUCAAGAAUUCAAAUGAUUUGAUAUACGGUACCAAUAAGGAAUGUUUAUUAAUAAUUGAAUAUCUCUACAAUUCAAUUACUUCAUGGACCAAAUCAGAUUAUUAUAUCAAGUAUUUGUUAACUCCAAGUACAGUUAGUAAAUGGCCGCUUUUUGAUAAAUUCACCGAUGAAGAAACUCGCUUGAAAAAACUGGAUAACCCAAUGAAUAUUCAUUUCUUAUAUGGUCAAUACGACUUUAUGAAUGCCGAGGCCGGUGCCAAGUUGUCUGACCAAAUAAAUCAAUUACAAGAUCAACAAAUAUCAAAACUACAUAAAGUUAGCGAAGGUGGUCACAAUUUGUACAUCGAUAAUCCAUUUGAGGUAAAUCAAUUGAUUCACGAUAUUAUUAAAGAGAUUGACUAG